GCCGUGAACAAUAACUCACCAUGAAGAUAAUUCUGCUUCUCUCGCUUGCGUUCGUCCUGGUAUCCCAGAGCUAUGGCAACUCUCUGGACUCGUGCCAGGGUCGCUGUGGUUAUGGAACGGAUGCAGGAUUCACCUGUCAGUGUAACUCGGCCUGUGAGCGCUACGGUGACUGUUGCCAUGAUUACCUGGCCAUCUGCAAAGGAACCUUGUCUUGCAAAGGUCGUUGUGGUGAGCAGUAUAAUUCCCAGAACGAAUGCCACUGCAACUCUAAAUGCAGCAGCUAUAACAACUGCUGCACUGAUUACAAUGACUUGUGUGGAGGUUCAGGAGGUUCUGGCUCUGGUGGUCAAAUUUUGGACAGUGAGAUCACUGCUCUCUCAGAGGUCCUCUACGCUCUGGACUCCAACAAAGCCUCCAUGUCUGAGGUGAUCCUGAACACUCAGGCCCUUGUGUCCAACUCCCAGACCAGCGCCCAGCAGGACCUCUCCCCUAACAAGCUGUUCCAGUUUGUGGACGAGGCCUCUCUGUUCUCCAAGCCCACCUAUGCUGCCUUCUUGGCUCUGCUGGACAACUACUCUCGGCAGACAGGCGUGACGGAGAACUUCAGCCCCGAGCAGGUGGCGGAGCAGGAGCACUUCCUCACCGAGAGCAUCAGCAACACUGAAGUGGGCCAGGAGCUCUACGCCUUCCUCUACACCAAAGGCCUGUACAAGUCUGAGGAGGAGUUUAAGUAUGACCUGAAAAUGAUGUGGUUUGGACUCUACACCCGCUACGCUGGCAAGAUGGACUCCAGUGGCUUCGAGCACAUCUUUGCAGGGGAGAUUAAGAAGAGUAAGGUGUCUGGCUUCCACAACUGGCUGCAGUUCUACCUGCUGGAGAAGCAGGGUCUGCUGAACUACUACAGCCACAGCUUCAACGGCCCAUGGGAGACCUACCCCGAUGUGCUGGGGAUGCAGUUUAAAUGGGAUGGCUACUACAAGCAGGUGGGCUCCGCCAUCAUUGGCUGCAGCCCUGAGUUCGAUCUGGCCCUCUACAGUCUCUGCUACAUAGCCCGGCCUGGCAAACAGUGUAAGCUGAGCCUGGGAGGUAAGUCUCUGAUGAUUCAGACGUACACCUGGGACAACUCCUCCUAUGGAAACGGCAAGAAGUACAUCGCCUCUGCCUUCCCUUCCACACCCUAAAGCCUAGGACUGGUGCAGCGCUGAUGCCAUAAACAUAAAGAAAUAAAAAUAACUAAUCUUCAA